CUUGACCCAGAAAUUCGCCGCCCAACACCACCUCACUCCUUCACUGCUCCCAUGCUCCAAUUCAAACACCAACCCGCAAAACUCACACUCCAACCACCAAUUCACCGCAGCCAGCCACCAACCAUCACCAGCCGCAACUGCAUCUGCUAACGAACAACCCUAAUCGCCAACAAUCGCAGCGAUUUACGCCGACUAAUUGGAGUUUUUCGGGGCUGGGGUGGAGUUUUUCGAGGCUAAGUUCAGGGCUAGGUGGGGUUUUACAAGUUGGGGUGGAGGUAUUCGAGGCUGGGGGUAGAGUAUUGGGUGGUGUUUUACGGGGCUGGGUGGUUUUUUCGGGGUGGUGGUGUUUUUCAGGGGUGCUAGUGUUUUCGUGGCUUGGGGUUGAGUUUUUUGAGGUUAGGUGGUGUUUUCAGGACUAAGUGGGGGUUUUCAGGGUGGUUCUGGUGUGGUUGGAGAGUUUUUUCGGGUGAGGGGAGGGCGGCGAGGGUCGGCGGUGGUCGGGGGAGGGGCGGCUGUGGUCAGGGUAGGGGCGGCGGUGGUUAGGGUUGGUUAUCCGGUGGUGUUGGUAGGUGUGAAGGUGGUGAUGUGGUGGUGUGAAGUUUGGCAGGGAAAGGGAAUGGAAAAGUCUAGGGGGGUGGGGAAUGAAGUUGGAAGGAUUUGGGGUAACGGAGAGGGUAAAGGGAAUGAUUAAAAGUGCUUAACAAACAACAACAAAGGGAAUCGGGGCAGUUGAUUCCCAUUCCCUUUCCUGAAUACCCCCAACCAAACGGCCCCAAGGGUUUUACUUAACUUGGAUUAUCUAUGUAUCAGUUUCCGUUUUGCUACAGGUGACUGAAUAUUGAACCUGUGACUGAUGCACUUGCUACAAAUCUGCACAUUGUCACGUAUCUGUUCAGGCACCCGCACCAAGCUUAGCAAGCCUGGCAUAUUGUGGAAAUUUUGCAUAUUAUUGACCUACCUGAUAUGUUCAAGGGUAUCCAUAUGCAUGCUGUAGAGUUCAUUUAUGGCACUUAGGGCCUCUUUUAUGGGCAUUAGUGAUGUGGCAAUGUGGCAUGAAGUUUUCUAUCUUAUGCAAGAUUCAGAUUCAUAUUGGAUGGGAACCAUGAUGGUGGCCUGUACAAGGAUUCUUUCAUUAGGAAUAGAAGUGCCAAUGGCGCCAAACAUAUAAAUAAAGACAUAUCAUCAGAUUGCAUGCAGCCGAGAAAGGGAAGAGUAGAAGUGACGAAAAUUGAAUGUAAGAAGAAUGAUGGUCAUUCAUCAAUUAAACAUGCAGGAUGGGAGAGCUUGAGUGCAAAGGCCGCUUCCAAGUCCAGCAAUCUGUCAGACGAGACCUUUAAACAAUCUAGUUCACCUGCUGUGGUAAAAGAUCAUCGAUCCAAAGACCUGCAAUUUAGAAUGGAUGCCCCUGUCUUGACCUAUUCAAAGAAACCUGACAGACUUUGCAGUAGAUCCAAGUGUCCACCUCUGAAUGCAAUUUAUGAGGAUGCUUCUAUGUUUCCGUUGAAUACAACACAUAAUUUCCUGCAGAUGACUCAGAAGAUAUCUUCUGAGAAAAUGAAAGUAGAAGUUGGAGGUGAUUCGUCUGAUAUUGUGCAUCAGAACUUUGAGGGUAGAUGUGUUCCUGUGAAAAACAGCCCUACAUCUGGGAUGUUGUUUCAUAAUAAAAUAUCUUCCAAAAAAUGGCAUAAUGACAAGAGUUGUGAUUACAGGGGACUCGAUGCCAUUUUACCCGGCUACAAGUCUUCAUUGAAAGAUUCAGCAAGUAUCAAAGUAUCUGAAAAUUGUGGCAUCAAAGAUGUUAUUUCACCAGCCUACAAACCUUCAAUGAAAGAUUCACUUGUAGGGUUAUGGCCUGGAGUAAUGGAUCACCAUACUUUGACGGAAGCAAUGAGCAGAGCAAAAAGUAGAAGAGCAAUAUCUGAUACAAAACCGGUUCGAAACAUGGUGAAUGAUGUUUCUAGAAAUUUCAAUCGAAUUCCUUGCCAGAAGAGGAAAGUUACUGAUUUAAGCAACAGCAGUAAUCCCAUUCCUUAUUGUCCCAGAAAGAUAGCUCCUAAAAAGGCAUUAAUAGAGCAGCCUGUCCUACAAAGCAAGAGUUCUUGUCCAUUUCCAAAGAAUGUGAAACUAACUUUUAAGCAGAAGCAGCAGGUCCCUGAGAAAACAAAUAUGAAAGUCAGAUUCCUUUUGAAGCAGGAGCAUGAAGCUAUCAAAUCUAACGCGCAAGUCACCAAAGACACAUUGGAUCACUCGAGAACUGCUGCUUCUCUGACGUGCAAUCAACCAAUUUGAUAUGCACAUCCUGUGAAUAAUGCAUAUAUUCUCAAAGAAUAGCGAUCUUCGUAGCAAUCGUUUAGGCUAAUGAUAUCCCAUAGGACAACACCAUGCAUAAUUUAGGUUAGAAGUGUAAGUCUAGGGGAAAGUUUUGGCCCUUUUUUUCGCUAACUGCAGGUUUGUGAUUUCCCCUACCUUACAGUUGUCCUGACUGGGAAAUUUUGGUGGUCUUGUAAUCUUAUAUUUUGUUUAUUAAACGAUUGAAAAAACAC